AUGUCUCAUCAACAAAGCGCCUUCUACGGCAGAAACACCGGUCAUCACUUCUCCAUCUACCCCAAGGACGCGGAGUCGACCGUCAAGGUCCUGGGACUGUGGAGCGGGAAGGCGUCGGGGGACUCGGAGGGACGCUGGGUCCUCAAGGGGAUCAAGCUCACCUGGUUCGACGGGCGCACGCAGCAGAUCUACAACCACCCCGUAGAAGGCGACGAGUACGCAGAGUACACCUUUGAGAGGAACGAGACGGCCGACUGGGGCCUCAGGGCGGGAUGGCGCAUCGAUCGCCUGCAGUUUGAGACGAGCCACGGCAACCUCUGGGGUGCGGGCGGGUACGGGGGCACCCUUCAUGCGCAUGUCGCCAAGGGCAACCUGAUUGGGUUCGAGGGAAGCUCGGGGUGGGAGAUCGAUUAUAUCAGUCUGAGGUACAGGAGCGCACCAAAGGCCGACGAAUAA